AUGCCUGAUUUCUUGUUGAUAACAGGACUGACUAACCUAAAUAUUUCUUUGUCUGCCACUGAGCUAUUGUGCUGUCAUAGUACGGACGAUCAAACGAUUUCAUCUGACUGCGAUAUUGAACAUUGUUGCCCUAAUAAUAUCUUUGGCUCUUGCCUACACACCAUAAUUUCCCCUUGCAUUACGCAGCUGCCAGCACGUGGCCUCUACCUUUUAUGGGUCAACAUUCUGGCGCCCUGGAUCUUUGAUCCAAAUCAAGAACCGGAGAUUAAUGAGAAAAAGCAGCGCAAAUUGGAGCGUCGUCAAAAGCGUAUGGCUAAUGCAGGACGUUAG